AUGGCAAGACGCCUUAGUCUCCACGACUAUACGGUCGGCUGGGUGUGCGCCUUGUCUGACGAGCUGACUGCCGCACAGCAGAUGCUUGACGAAGAACACCAAGACCUCCCUCCGAACAACAACGAUUCGAAUAUAUACACGCUUGGGUCGAUAGGGGCGCACAAUGUCGUCCUGGCGUGCCUACCCGCUGGCCAGACGGGUACCAACUCUGCUGCGGCAGUGGCCAUGCAGAUGAAAUCCACGUUCCCCGCUAUUCGAUUUGGGCUAAUGGUAGGGAUUGGAGGCGGCGUUCCACGCAAAGAAGUGGAUAUUCGACUUGGUGACAUUGUUGUCAGCCAGCCUGGUAACGGCCAUGGCGGGGUGGUGCAGUAUGAUUUUGGAAAGUCAACGCCAGGCGGAUUCGAGCGGACAGGGUUCCUCAACGCCCCGCCUACCGUACUCCUCGCCGCUGUUACCAAGUUACGAUCGAACCUAGACCGAGGCAGGAGUAGUUUGUCAGCGCAUCUUUCCCGACUUGAAAACAUCCCCAAGUUUGGUCGCAUCCAAGCAGGAAGCGAUGUGCUGUUCGAAGCGACGUAUAUUCAUGGUGGAGAAAACAACUGUGCGUCAUGUGCAUCCGUCAGAAAGAUAUCGAGGGAGGAGCGGGCUCAUGAUACACCUAUGGUUCACUACGGUACAAUCGCGUCGGGGAACGGGGUCAUGAGGGACGGCGUAGAGCGGGAUGAGAUCAGCUCGGAAUUCAAAGGAGUUCUCUGCUUUGAGAUGGAGGCUGCCGGCCUGAUGAAUAAUUUUCCAUGCCUGGUGAUCCGCGGCAUCUGUGACUACGCUGACUCGCACAAGAACAAGAGAUGGCAGCCGUAUGCGGCAGGAACAGCCGCGGCAUACGCGAAGGAGCUACUACGAGUGAUACCGGCGGUGGAUGUGGUAAAGACCAAAACAGUUGAUGAAGCACUACUGGAGCCAAAGCGUAGCUUCUUGCUCCCCCUGUCACGGAAUUACAAGUUCGUUGGUCGAAGUGCAGAGCUCGAUACACUGAAACAAAAGCUGCUCGUGGAUAAAGAUUGCCAAAAGGUGUCGAUCAGCGGUCUUGGUGGGAUCGGCAAGACACAAGUCGCGAUGGAAUUUGCCUACUCUAUCAAGAAAGAAUAUCCAGAGUUCUCUAUCUUUUGGGUCCAAUCGCUGAGUAUGGAAACAUUUGAGCGAGGAUGCACGGAAAUAGCAAGAGCAUUAGGAAUACGGCUGGGGCAGGAGAAUAACGAGGACGUGAAGGUUCUAGUGCAGCAACGUCUAUGCGAAAGCUCCGCAGGAAAGUGGCUAUUAAUCGUUGACAACGUUGACGACCUUGACUUGCUUGGUGACACCAAUCAUACAAAAGGCUUGCUGACCUUUCUACCGGAAAGCGAUGAUGGCCUGACAAUAUUCACGACGCGACAUGGAGCGGUAGCGCAACGCUUGACCGGCAGUGACGUGAUUGAGAUAGGGAAGAUGACGGCACAGGAGACCGUGGACUUGUUGGAAAAGCGAUUGAUUCGAAAAAGCCCUUCUUACGACCACGAUACCGUGAUGAUUCUGCUCGCCGAGCUAGAAUAUCUCCCGUUGGCAGUUACCCAGGCAGCGGCAUAUAUCAACACCAAUAAAAGUUCUAUAUCCGAAUAUUUGCGGCUAUUAAAGAAGACCGAGCAGGACGCCGUUGCGGUUAUGAGUACGGGUUUUGGAGACAACAAACCAGUCGCGAAAACGUGGACGGUAACGUUCAACAAGAUUCGCGAAUACGAUACAUUAGCGGCAGAUCUCCUCGCAUUUAUAUCCUGCAUCGAAUGGAGGGCAAUCCCGUACUCCAUUCUACCAGCGGCUUACCCUGAAGCACGGUUGACUAGUCCACUUAGCGACCAGGAUGUGGGUAAAGCAGAAUGGCCGUGA